UUUACCUACAGCCAUCCGCAAACGCAGUAAAUAUAGACCUUGUAUGCAAUAAAGGUAUUCAUCCAGAUAGUUUUCACACGAGAUAAUAAAUAACUUUAAUCGUAUCACAGGGUGCCCCGGAGUACCGCGCUGUACCUGCUAGGUAGCACGGGACUGGGAAAAGAACGGAGCAGGAAAAAAGUAGUCUUACCUGUAGCCCGAGUUCUUACAUCUCUUAUCCCGUUCUCCUACACCAUUACCUGCACCGACUUGAAAGUCCAGUUUCACAAGCAAGAACAGGAGUGGAACCAACAUGUCACAGGAUACAGACAACAAGCGCCUGGUGGUGGUGGUGCCAAACGAGACGGCCUUUAACCCCCGCCGGGCCUACACCAGCGAGGACGAGGCCUGGAAGUCCUACCUGGAGAACCCACUGACCGCAGCCACCAAAGCCAUGAUGAGCAUCAAUGGGGAUGAAGACAGUGCGGCGGCUUUGGGUCUACUGUACGACUACUAUAAGGUUCCAAAAGAAAAGAGGUUGUUGCCCCUCACGAAAGUGGUUGAAAUUUCAGAGGAUCAUGAAAAGAGGCCGGGGCUGGUGGUGAACAGUCAGAGUGACCCUGCAGUGGCAGUGGAGGCGGUGGAUAACCACGUCCAGGUGCUGAAGUCGGUGCCGGUGAACCUGUCCCUGAACCCGGAGCACGAGGACAAGCGGGAGCCGUACGGGCCGGGGGAGGGCGGGGCCGUGGCGCUGGUCAAGGCCGAGGUCUGCGCCCCCGUCUUCAUGGCCCCCGCCACGCACUACCGGGCAGAGCCCCUGGAGCAGCCCCGCAUCGUCUACGAGCCCGGCCCCUACAACCCCUCUGCCGUCCAGCACAACGCCUACAUGAAGGACGACCAGCGCAGCAGCCCAGACAGCUGCUACGAGGAGGAGCAGGAUAAGUACCACACAUCGUCAUUGGGCGCCAACGAGUUUGUCUACGAUCAACCGCCAGUGGACACCUUCCAGUACACACUGGACGCCACAAAAUCGCUGCGGCAGAAGCAGGGGGAAGGGCCUAUGACCUACCUGAACAAGGGGCAGUUCUACGCCAUCACCCUCAGUGAGACUGGCUCCAACAAGUGCCUGAGGCAUCCCAUCAGCAAAGUGAGGAGUGUGAUAAUGGUGGUCUUCAGUGAGGACAAGAACCGCGACGAGCAGCUGAAGUACUGGAAGUACUGGCACUCCCGGCAGCACACGGCCAAGCAGAGGGUCCUGGACAUCGCGGACUACAAAGAGAGCUUCAACACCAUUGGGAACAUUGAGGAAAUCGCAUACAACGCCAUCUCCUUCACCUGGGACGUGAACGAAGAAGCAAAGAUCUUCAUCACGGUGAAUUGCCUGAGCACGGACUUCUCCUCUCAGAAGGGGGUGAAAGGCCUCCCGCUCAUGAUCCAGAUCGACACCUACAGCUACAACAACCGCAGCAACAAGCCCCUCCACCGGGCCUACUGCCAGAUCAAGGUCUUCUGUGACAAGGGGGCCGAGAGGAAGAUCCGGGACGAGGAGAGGAAGCAGAUCCGCAAGAAGGUGAAAGGUCAAACGAGCUCAGCGCAGUAUGCUAAUGGGAAGGAUGGAGGCGUGGGGGUGGUGCCACUGCUGAAGAAGUGUGACCUCACCUACUUCAAAAACAUGACCGAUCUGGACUCUCAGCCAGUCCUCUUCAUCCCCGAUGUCCAUUUCGGGAACCUGCAGAGGGCGGGCCAGGUCUUUGCCUUCAACACCGAGGAGCUGGAGCGGGAUGGGAGUGUGCUGGUGAAGAGGAUGUUUAGGCCUGCUGAGGAAGACUACUGUCCCCCUCCAAAGCAGGCCAAAGUGGAAGUUCAUAAGAGAGUUCUCCUGUACGUGAGGAGGGAGUCGGACGAGGUGUUUGACGCUUUGAUGCUGAAGUCCCCCACCGUAAAGGGACUCAUGGAUGCAAUAUCGGAAAAAUACGCCAUACCUGUUGAGAGGAUGGCGAAAAUCUACAAGAAAAGCAAAAAAGGGAUUUUGGUCAACAUGGACGACAACAUCAUUGAGCACUACUCGAACGAGGACACGUUCAUCCUGAGCAUCGACAGUUUCACAGACGCCUACAAAAUCACGCUGGCCGAAAUCUGAGGGGCAUCGCGGGAGAACUGCGGGCGAACCCAGCGCUCAUCCUGCUCGCUCUGUCCUUCACGAGAGACCUUGGGAACCGACAACGGGUUAACAGCGAGGAGAAACCCAGCUCCCACAGCGGAGCAGACAUCUUCCAGAGGAAACGGACCUGACGUGUAAAUGCAGUCCUGUGCAGUGAACUCCGUUACUCGAGGAACUGAUCUAACCAUGUAAAUACAGUUCUGUCUAAUAUGCUCCGUUACUGAGGAAAUAGACCGAUUCUGUUCAAAUACAGUCCUCCUGGCCAGUAUACUGUGUUUGUGGGGAAAUGGACUUAAACUGUAAAUAUAAUACUGUCCAACAGACUGUAUUACCAAGGGGAAUAGGCCUAGCCUAUACAUACAGUCCAGACCAGUACUUGGCAUGUAUUAGUCUCAGCUAGAGAAGGGGUUUGAAUUUACAACAUUGCUCUGUUUGAUGGUAAACAGUACUGUUUUGGGUCCACGAUGACAGGUAGUAUCUUACGGAGAACAUGUUAUCACACCACACGAGUUUGUGAAGCCCUGCUGUGGGCCGCCACUAUUGUGUUUAUUCAGUGGCUGCGCAGCGCCAAAGGUUUUUGAGGACAUGUCCUCCAGCUAUGAUGCAACAGAGCCCCCUAGACGUGAACAGCAGAAUGACACGUCCUCCAGCUAUGAUGCAACAGAGCCCCCUAGAGGCGAACAGCAGAACUUUCGCAAUGAAUCGAGAGCAGUGUUCUUUGCUUCAAGUGGAUUCUACCACAGAAACACAAGGGGGGUGGAGCAAUUGAGGUGACCAAUAUGUGUUGCUGGGUGAGGUCACUGCAGUUGAGGCCCACCAGAGACUCCAGAUACUGGUUGACGAGCAUCCUGAGGACAUCACUGACUGUCAAAGUUAGAAAAUUGUUUAUUGCUUGGUUUGUGACUAAAAUGUCUCCCAUAUUAGUACUGUAUGAAAGGCCUUUUUCAUUACAGAUCAGGUAUGCCAUAAUGUGCUUCCCUAUGCUGAGUAUGAUUUUCAUAUUAAAGGAAUGCUAAUGUAAAAAAAAAGAAAUGAGAUUUUUAGGUGAUGUACAGAUGUUUGUUUUAUAUAUUUUUUUAACUCUAAAUACUGUAAACUGUAUGGACAGCUUAUUAGCAUGGUGUAAAAUACAUAAUGAAAUUGUGUGUGUGUGUGUGUGUGUGUGUGUGUGUGAGUGUCCUCACAGAGACCUGACCCGGUUAGCUGGCUCCAAAGGACACUCUGCACAGCUAGAACUCAACAGGCCUCGUUCCACUCCAGUAAUGUUCUAUUCAACAUUUAAGUUAAACAAUAUUUAUUACCGAUAAGCUGUUAAAGCUAGUAAACCACAAAAACAUCAGAAACUCCUGAUCAUCUACAAAGAUCAUCUACAUUUAAAAUGCAUUAUGGGUCGCAAGAAAGAGAAGUUUCUGUUAAUGAGAGGCCGGUAUUUUGAUUAGCUGCUUGCUGCUGCACUAGAAAGUAGAAGCGGCUCGCCUACUCAGUUUUUAUUUGGUGUAAAUUCUGUAUGUGAAAGUCCACCAUGUUUACUGUAAAGACCAGCAGUCAUCCCUCACAGUAAUAUGUUGAGUUUGUUUCUCCCGUUCUCUCUGUUGUUCAUUGUUAUAUUAUUCUUUAUAAUGUGGAACAUGCUACAGAGUCCAGGAGCAGAAUACUGUCAAGGGUAUUAUCAGUGUCGGAGUGUAUUAUACCGAAAACAUCAUCAGCCAGUCAUGCAGAAUAAUUUCCCCUCUCUGGAAGGGGGAGAGGGGACGUGUGUCUGUCUUUGGGUUUUUAUGCAUGUAUGUUUCUUACCUGACAGCUGAAUAAAUAAUUGUAAAGAAA